AUGACGAUAAGUGAUUCAUUCAAGAGAACAUUCAAUAAAGCAUCUGAACGAAAAAUGAGUUGCGAAGUUAUUCUAAGGAUUUUCAAAUUCAUUCCAGUUCUUUUUAUUAGUUGCGUAAUUAUAUGGAGCUGGUAUGCCUAUGUCAUAGAGCUGUGCAUAAAAGUUGUCGACACUAAAGUUGAAGCAUUUUUCCUUCUCCUCUUCUAUCACGUCUGCUUUGUAUUUCUCGUUUGGUCAUACUAUAAAACCAUUUUCACAAAAGUUGCAGUUGUUCCUGCACCAUUUAAAGUAUCACGACAAGAGCUAGAUCAAUUAUUUAAAAUUAAAAAUCCUGAUGAACAAACAAGGCUGUUAAAGCAUUUAGCUGCCGACUUGCCGAUUCUUAACUGCACUAUAAACAACUGCGUAAGAUUUUGCGAAAAAUGUCAACAUAUUAAGCCCGAUCGUGCUCACCAUUGCUCAGUGUGCAAUGUUUGUAACUUAAAAAUGGAUCAUCACUGUCCCUGGGUGAACAAUUGCAUAAACUUUUCAAAUUACAAAUUUUUUAUCCUUUUCUUGGGAUAUGGAUUAUUGUAUUGCAUUUAUGUCGCCCUUUCUAUGGUGAAAUAUUUUGUGCUAUUUUGGAAGGGCGAACUCGGCACCAGUGCAGGCAAAUUUCACCUCCUCUUUCUAUUUGUGGUCGCACUGAUGUUUGCAUUUAGUUUAUUAAGCCUUUUCGGUUACCACUUAUAUUUGGUUGCAAAUAAUCGAACAACAUUGGAAGCCUUCAGAGCACCAAUUUUUUCAAUAGGUGGUCCAGAUAAAAAUGGCUUCAGUCUUGGAUAUAAGAAAAACUUUGAGCAAGUUUUUGGAGACAAUAAAUAUUACUGGCUUUUGCCAGUGUUCACAAGCCUUGGGGAUGGAAUUAAAUAUCCAGUACGAAAGGGACACCUUCUUGAUGAACUAUGUAAUCACAAAAAAGUUUUAAAAGGAAACAGAAAAAAACGAGACAAAGGGAUGACUGAAACAGAGCCUAAAAUCUUACAUACUAAUGGAAAUGGAAGCAGCGAAAAAGAAGAUAUUGAGCAAAUACCUCGUCCCGCUGAUAUUGAACAGGACAUGAGAGAAAUGGAAAGACGUAAACGUGUCGAAGCAAUUAUGUGUUCAAGAAUGUUUCGUGAAGAACUUGAACGUAUAGUUGAUGGUCAAUUAAGAGAGGGACCAUCACAAGUCUUACAACAAAUCUCUGAUAUGAUGGGCGUUCCAACGACAAAAGUCAGAAGCUACUUUCGCGAUGGCAAUUGUGUAAUUCCGAUCAAUGACAUUCGUGGAAUUGAUUCGAUGGGUUAUGAAAAAGGCGAGAAAAUUCUUCGAUGUAAAUUGGCCGCUACAUUUCGCCUUCUCAAUUCAUUUGGAUUUUCUUCCAACAGCAUUAAUAACAUUGUUACUGCCCGUUUAAAUGCUGACCAAGAAUUGUUUUUGGUCAAUCCUUACGGAUUAUUAUUUCACGAAAUCACUGCAUCGUCCCUCAAUAAGGUUGAUAUGCAAGGUGCGAUAACUGAUCAAGGAACAACAAACUUUGGUAUCAACAUUUCGCAAUUCAUCAUACAUUCGGUCAUUCAUGCUGCUCGGCCCGAUAUUCGUUGCAUUAUUGGGGUUAGCCAUAGCGCUGUUGUAGCAGUCUCCUCAUUAAAAACAGGUUUAAUCCCUCUCACUAAAGAUGCUGCCGUUUUAGGAGAAAUAGCAACUCAUAAUUUUUCAGGCGCAUUAAACGAACCUGAAGAACGUGAAAAGUUAACUCGAAGUUUGGGUCCGAAUGCAAAAGUACUCUUGUUGACAAAUCAUGGUGCUUUAUGUUGUGGAGAGACUAUCGAAGAAGCUUUUUAUAAUGCUCAACAUACUGUGAAAGCAGCUGAAACUUUAUUGGCAUUGCUGCCAGUUGGCUUGGACAAUUUGAUUCCCAUUCCCGAAGAAACUCAUAAGGCAAUUUAUGAUGCUUCUAGAAAGCCUCCAGAGGGAACUGUAAUUCCAUCGGCAUUGCCAGUUGAUAACAAGGAGAACAUUACCAAUCGCUCUCCUAAAUGGCGCGUCGGUGGUGCAGAAUUUGAAGCUUUGAUGCGAAUGCUUGAUAAUGCUGGCUUCCGUACUGGCUACAUUUAUCGUAAUCCUUUAGUUAAGCAUGAAGUUCCCAAGCCCAGGAGUGAUGUCGAAGUUCCACCAGCUGUUUCUUCCUUGGGAUAUUUAUUAGAAGAAGAAGAAAUGUACAAGCAAGGGCUCUGGAAAAAAGGAGACUUCCGCAAAGGUGGUGAUCGUCAACGUUGGUUGAACUCUCCCAACGUCUACCAAAAAGUUGAAGUUCUUGAAACAGGAACCACUGACCCUAAAAAAAUCACAAAGUGGAUAAAUCCCUUGAACGAAGACAAAGAGUGGGUUGUUGACGGUUCACCUACUCAUUCUACUCCAGUGAAAAUAGACGGAGCGCUGCAAUUUGUACCACUGAACACAACUUCCAAAGAGUUCAAGAAGCUUCAGCAGCAGAUUAAAGAUUAUCGUCGUGCUGAAAAGAUUUCCGCAGGUCCACAGUCACAUAUUUUGGAAGGUGUUACAUGGGAUGAAGCAAAUCGUUUGAAAGAUGCAAACGUUUCGAAAACUGGUGAUCAUGUUGUUUUGAUGGGUGCAGCAUCAAAAGGAAUUAUUCAACGAGGUUAUCAACAUAAUGCAAGUGUCUACAAAACACCAUACGCGAAAAAUCCGUUUGACUCAGUAACCGAUGACGAACUUAAAGAAUAUAAGAGAUCAGUAGAAAAUAAGCGUGGUGGCGACUACACGGAUACAGAUUUUUCGGAGUCCGAACUUUUAAGCUCCAUGCAGAUUUCAAGUAAAAUCAAAAGUCAAUCAAUGUCCCCACCGAACAACUCUGAGGGUAUGGUUAUGAGAAUAGAAACAACUCGUAUUGUUCCUAGCCAACCUGAAGUUGUAUUAAGUGAUGAAUCAAAUGAAACUGACAUAUUGAAGCAAUUCAUGAUGAAUGAACAAAAUGCUUCUUACAGAGGCGAAAAUGUUCAAAAUGGAGAUCAUUCUGAAACGCAAAACUUGAGCACGUUUUCACAAAGCAGCAAAGACCAGGAUGCUUCAACCGAUGGAUCACCCAAAAAAGACAAGAAAAAGAAGAAAGGUUUAAGAACACCUUCGUUCUUGAAAAAGAAGAAAGAUAAGAAGAAGGUCGAAAACUAAAUUUCCAUCAGAAGAAAAGCAGCACGAUAAUGAAGUUUUUUUUGUUCGUAAAUUUGCAUGAUAUUUACAAGAACAUAAUUGAUCAAAAUGCAUUUUCCCAUAUUUUGAGUUUAACAUAUUGCUGUGCUAAUAAUGCCUAUUUGUGACCACUUUUAUUGGUCAACCCUUGGGUCAAAUCAAUAAGUUUGUCUGUUUGUUCGAACCAAUAUGAAAUCUUUGAAAUUAGGGGACCCUACAACAAUGUUUCUUUGAUGUCGCCAUCAUAUAAUAUCAAUACAAAAAGAAAAAGUUAAAUUUUAAUCACAUGCAAUUGAGAGUGUCACGUAAAUAACUCAUAAUUCGAAAUAAGAAGAUUCAGUAGAAAGACACAAGUUAAUUAUGCCAACAGCGACGAAACAAACUCACUUCUUUUAUUUAUUCUUGUUUUCCCUUUUUUUUCUUUCUUGCUGAAAUCCUUAAAAAGAAUACUUUUUUGAUUAAAUUGGUUUUUUGUAUCAUCUAAAGCAGGGAUUCAAAAUAUCUUUUUACAAAAUUCACAUUUUGCUACCGAUUGAGAAGUUUAUCGAUUUAUAGCGUUUUUAUCUUAAUUUAUAAUUGCUGUUUUCGAACCACAAAUAGCUAUAGGAUAUCCCUGUUUAGAAUUCUAAGUUUUGAUCCUUAUUUAGAAUUAUUAUUUUAUUAUUCAUAACGACGCAUGAAAUAAAAGAAAAAAUCUAAUUUGUUUAGUAUAUAAGGAAUAUUUAGUAUAAGAGAAUUUUCAAAACCUUCGCUACGAAAGGCCAGACACACUUUCAUGAGCAUGAAAUCGUUUGAUCUAAUAAAAAAUCCAAAAUGUUUGUAAUUUCUGAAAGAAAUCGAAAAGCGAUUACUUUUUUCUGGAAACUUUUUGUUUGUUAUUCUUCGUUCAGACAGCAAAGCUGUCAACUUUUAAGACGAGUCAAUAGAAUUUCAGUCGAAAGCUAUGAAUAAUUUUUUUCUUUUCGAUUUCUUUCAAAAAUUAUUCUCAUUAGACACAUUUUGCAAUCUCCAGAAUACAAAUCAAGCUAUAUAUAAAAAGUCAUUUACUUAAAAUUAAAAUGUCACACUCAAUUGAAAGCCUUUUGUAUUUUUCAUCUUUUUAUUUGGAAAGAUUCAGCAAAUUUGAAAUCUAUACAAAUAUUAUCUUUGCUUUAAAUGUUCUUGCCUUUUAUAGAACUUCGACUAAAUUGAGAUCGCAUUUGCUUCUCAUGAUAUUCAAUUUUUAUGUUUAUUUUUUGCUUUAGCUGCAAUAUGAUAAUUUAGAGAGAUAAUUUAUCUUAUGUAAGUACAUGUACACAAAUACAUGUUUAUGAUAAAUUAACUUGAUAAAUUAAGCUUAAUAUAUGACAUUUUUAAUAGAAAUAAAGAUUCUCUUAAAAAA